AUGCCUCCACGAUUAAAUAUCCCGCCUGUUACACGCAUCAUUCUGAUUGCGCUUGUAUUACAGUCGGUCCUCAGUGCUGCUAUCCGCUACCGGCAAUGGAGCGCGCAGUCCGAGAUCGUCAUCCCCUACCUCACACUGAUACCCCAGCUGUCCCUGAUAUAUCCAUGGACUUUCCUGACCACAUCGCUCGUCGAGAGCAACAUCUUCACCCUCUCAAUUGCUUGCAUGACCCUCUACAAUGGCGGUCGGUAUCUUGAGCGUGCCUGGUCGUCGCGCGAGUUCGCCAAGUUCCUCCUCAUCACAUCCCUGAUUCCGAACAUCCUGACCUUUGGAAUCAUGAUUCUGUUCUUUACCUUUACACGCAACGAGCGCUGGACGAACACUGCUAACUGGAAGGCCAUCUACAGCUUGACCACCAUCGCCGGCACUAUCCCUUUCCAGAUCUCCUUCCUCGUCGCCUUUAGCCAGCUCGUCCCCGCGCACACGGUGACUCUCUUCCGCGGUAUCAUCUCGCUCCGUGUGCCUCGCUUCCCGCUUCUUUACAUCGGCCUCGUUCUCAUCCUCACCCUCACGCCGCUGCUCACCGCGGCCUCCUUCUUCCUGGCCGUCGUCGGCUUCAUCACGAGCUGGACCUACCUGCGCUUCUACAAGACCGUCUUCCCGGAUCUGGACGCCUCCCAACCCACCGCCCUCCGCGGCGACGCCAGCGAGACCUUUGCCUUUGCCGAGUUCUUCCCCAACGCCGUCAAGCCCGUCGUGGCCGGCGCGGCCGACCAGAUCUUCAACGUGCUGGUGGCCGUGCGCCUGUGCACUCCCUUCUCCCAGGCGGACGUGUCGGCCGCCAGGGGGGACAGCUUCCUGCAGCGCGGUGUCCCGGGCAGCGCUAGGGCCGAGGCGGAGAGGAGGAGAGCGCUGGCCCUCAAGGCCCUGGACCAGCGGCUGCACGCCGCCACGGCGAAUGUGGCGACCCGCGCGGCUUCCCACGCCGUGAACGGGCCACCCCAGCAGCCGCCUCCCGCCGUCGCGACGGGGCCCAAGGUGGAGACGCAGCCGCAGCCGGGGACGCAGACUGCUAUGACGUCGCAGCCGGCCGGCCUGCUCGGCGAGACCAACUACUCGCCGGAUCACGACUCUGGAGACAGCAGGUCAAAUUCCUAG